GAAACAUGUAAAAUCUCAUUCAACUGCAAGAGCAGCAAUCAACCUUCCCCAAUCACAACCUAACGGGGGAUACAACAAUCAAGAUGCGCUCUACGCAAUCGGGUCGAAUAGUCAAGUCCCGUAAGGGAAAUGGGACGCCUCACCAGAAAAAUCAUAGAUGGGAGUCUUUCACGACUAAGAUCUCCAAGCUUCAUUCCCUCGACCCUCUACGAAGAGUACGGCGACAUGAUCUCGAAGUCGAAAACCUCGAAACGACGACCUCAUAUUUCCGAAAUGGCAUGGAGAAAUGGGCGGAUAUGAAUAUAUCCAAACAAUUUACUUUAUUUCGGAGAGAUGUGCGACCCUACUACGAUAGUCUACCUCAAAUCCUACACUCCCAGGACAAGAUUAUGGAACUACUGGCCAAAUAUAUCUCCGUACACGAGAAGGAGUCUCUCGAACCUCUACUAGAUCUUCUCACUGCAUUGGCCCAUGACUUGGGCUUACGUUUUGAGAAGCAUUACCCUACUGCUUUAUCCUUGAUUACUGGAAUUGCGAGUCGGCCUCAAGAUGCAGCGGUCGUCGAAUGGACUUUUGGUUGCUUGGCUUUUCUAUUCAAGUAUUUAUCGAAACUCCUGGUUUCAGACAUUCGGCCGACAUUCGAUGCCCUAGCUCCGCUGCUAGGGAAGGCUCGGAAUCCUCCACAUAUCGCUCGAUUUGCUGCCGAGGCAUUGAGCUUUCUGGUCAAGAAAGCUGCAGCGCCAGCGAAUCGAGAAAAGGCCCUACCCAUGCUAAUAGAGCAUGUCAGACAAGAUCUUGAGGCCAAUAGAGACAGUCGGCAAUUUGGCCUGUACCACCAUGGACUGAUGACUAUGUUCGCGGAGGCAAUCAAAGGUCAAGGGCAUAAUAUACACACAAGCGGAACCGGAGUUAUCAAAUCGCUAAUCGCAUCUGUUCCUAAUGACGAAUGCCUUUCCUCGGAUCCUGUAACAUGGGCCGAUUUAGUAUGUGGUGUACUAGUCAGUACCGUGCACCAUACAACAGCGGAAACGUUCGAGCCUAUCCCAGAAUUAAUUAUCGAAACGGCCACCAAAGAUGAAGAGUGUGCAGUAUAUGCAUUGCGUAACUGCCUUUACGUCAGACUCUUAGGAACAAUAUCUGGGGUCCGAAGAGGCGACCGUAUUGUGAACUGGCCGCCGAUUCUUAAUUGCCUAUUGGAAUCUCUAAAGGCUCUCUCCAAAAAGCCGGACGGCCUCGAUAAUGUCGACUUAUCCACUGUCUGGCAACAGCUGAUGGUAAAUAUAGCUAUUGUGUGGGAGCAAGCUCCGAUGGACUCAAUUAUUCCAUACAUUACCGAAUUCACGGCCGUCACGACACGGGACCCUUUAAUGAGAUGGUUCAUUCCAUUCUGUUCUUAUUUUUCAGACUUGGAUUCUACGAGAUUUCGCAGUCUCUUAUUAAAACCAUUUCAAAAAUUUAUCGUGACGCAUUGGUCCGAGGGUUCUAACGAAGAUAUGUUAUGUGUAUUUUUGCCCCGAAUGGCAAAAUCCUACGCAUUACCCUCUCCUACGGACAGUGACAAUUUUUCGUUACCACAAUCUUGGCAAGACCAAAUUGUCACUAAGUUCGAACGUCUGGAGGUUUCCCCCUUUCCAGAGCAAGUCACUUCUGGAGGAUAUGAUAAAGAUCCUAAAACGUGGCGCGGAAAAUGCUUACCAAAAUAUUCCGCUCUUCUCCGAGUCUUGGAGGCGGCCGCUGUUCGGCCUUCAACUAACGGACCCAUCGCCGAGUUGUUGCUGAGAAAACUUAAGCUUGCGUUGAAGCCUUCUCAGUCCUUAGCUAGCGAGGAAGCACACUUCAUAGUUAGCCAGGGUUUUUCCUCAUACUUGCGCAUAUGCAAGAUUACAGGGCAGAUCGAUAGCUCUCUUGAACCUUUGCUCAAAGCAGCCACCCCUCGAUAUCGACGACUCACCGGCUUCCUGGAAGCUAUGAUUGCCUAUGAGGACCAACUUAAUCCUAGGAGGAGUCCCCAGAGCGAGAGCAGUUCUAAUAGUGAAUGCGACGAAGAUCCAUUCAUGAAGAGCCUUGUUGAUAACUUAUCUAGCUCGUCACAUCAACACCGAUCUGCCUCUUUAAAACUACUAAGCCGACUUAGUGCGGCCCCUGAUGAAUUGGAUUCAUUAGCUACCAUGAUUCAAGCCGAGCAGAUGCCACUCGAGUUACAAAACACUCGAUUUAUUUCUCUUCAUAUUCGAAAGCUGGCUGCGAACUAUCCUCAACUCAGCAAGGAUUCGUGGCUUCGUCGAGCUAUUCCCGCGUUUCUCUUUGGGCAGAUGACGGUUCGCCUAGCUCCAAUUUGGGAUUCUGCGGUUGAUGCGUUACAGCAAAUUAGCCAAGAUAAGUCUGGAGAAGAUGUUAUAUGUGAGCUUGCUUUCGACUGGAUCGAUGCUCCAUCCAAGCGUUGGGACGGUCCACCGAAGGAAAUCACAGCUUCGUCGAAUGCUGGUCUCACAGAUUUCGAAUGUUCGAAUUUGUCGAAUUUGCACAGACGAGCAGACGAGGCAGAGCAUGUGCUUAAAUGCUCCUCGGAGGUUAUGCUAGAUAUCUUCCAGGGAAACCAGGAUUUAGUUCCUCUAAUAACCUCUAAUGCGAGAUCUCAAGCAUUGAAAGUCUUCUUGGCUGCACCGGGUAUAGCGGAAAGAAGAUCCCGAAAGUUAGUUCCUCAUCUGCUGUCAUGGACAAGAGAUUCGGAUGAGCAAGAUGACAAUGAAAUGGGGUCUGAACAGCUUCCUGAUGGAUCAUGGUCACUUUUCGACAAGAAAACCCUACUUGGGGUGUUUGCGCAAUUCACAAAUCCCAAGGUCUUGUACCAGAGCCAGCAAGUUUACGACGCUCUUCUCGGAAUGCUUGCCAAUGGCGACGUGGAAGUCCAAAAAUCUGCUCUGAAGGCAAUUCUCGCCUGGAAGCAGGAGGGUGUUAAGCCUUUUCAAGAAAAUCUGGAAUAUCUUCUUGACGAAGCUAGAUUCAAGAACGAGCUUACUGUGUUAUUCCAAGGAGACCAGCAGAUUAAACCGGAGCAGCGGCCUGAAAUAAUGCCUGUACUGCUCAGGCUGCUUUAUGGAAGGUCGAUUUCCAAAAAGGGCGCCGCAAGCGGGCGCCAUGGUCUUCAUGCUACUAGGCUUGCUGUUCUACGGCAGCUUACAGUUGAUGACAUGGGGGAAUUUCUCGAUAUCGCUCUAGGUGAUCUUCGGGGGGUUACGAUCAUUGAAAAUACCCAAUUGCGCGAAAAUAUUUUCGAUCGGGAAGUGCUGACUGUCCGAAAGCAAGUUGGAUUUCUGAACAUGAUGGAAGCCAUGAUUAACGAGAUGGGCACUGACGUUCUCUCUUUUGCCGACAAGAUCCUCAAUGCAGUCCUCUACUGUCUCGUGCUCUCCUCAAGGAAGAUAAACCAAAGCAACGAGGACACGGAAGAAGAUCAACCCGCCCAAAGUUCUCUACACCGAGUCGUCAGAACUACAUCAUUGAAAUGCGUGAUUUCGCUUCUACGGAACGCCACCAGCUUUGACUGGACUCCUUACAAAGAUGUAUUCAUCAAGGAGAUUGUGAGCCCGCGCCUGGACAAACUUCCGGCCGAGACAACCCAGGGCAUAUCUGGCACUCUUCAGUUCAUUUCUACACUAUCGCAAAUUCCGAAGACUGCAUAUUUUCUCUCUGUCGAUAAUCGGAUUAUUCAACAGUUGAUGGAAUGUCUGAAACUCGAGAAGACCAAAGACGAGGUCAAAAUCUUUGCUCUCAGUAUCGUGCGCAGUCUAGCAAAUCUAUCUCAACAACCGGCCGAGCAAUCCGAAUUCAACGAAUUGAUACAGGAAGAGAUCUUGGACCCAAAUAUCAAUUUCAUCUUGGAGAGCAUUGGUGCUGUGCUCAAAUCGAAAGGAGAAGUGGGAAGAGAUCUACUCAUGGCAUGUGUUGAGUCUGUGGUAGAAUUGUCUCCGAUCAUUCAAAAGUCGGUUUAUCUCACAGAUCUUGUUGAUAUUUCGGUGACCCUUCUUAAUCAACCUUCACGACGUGUUAAUCCUAAAGCUAAGGGGCUUCUUCUUUCAAUGCUUGAAAAUUUCAUCAAGCUUGCGGGAGCUGAUCUCUCGGCCGAGUUGAGAGAUCGGAUCUAUUCGACGAUAUCGUCGCUAUUCGGAUUUUUCAAGGACCGUGUCAAUCGACAGGCAUUAUCAAAUGUCCUGGCCGUAUUGUACGAAAAUGACCCAGUAUCCCUUGAAUUGUCUACGCUCUGCGCAGAUCUCAAUUCCCAUGACAGCAGCCGUGUCGAUGAGCCAAACUACGAGAAACGACUACAAGCCUUCAAUGUUAUCUUACGACCAAGAGACGUCCCAUUCACGCCACGAGACUGGAGGCCGUUGGUAUAUAAUAUGACAUUUUACAUCAAACAUGACGAAGAGUACGGGAUUUUGUCUGCGAACUCGGCUGAUGGCUUAUGCAAAUUUAUUGAAGCCGCCGCGUGUUCAGAGGGCGAAGAGCAAAGUAAAUUUUAUGACAUGCUCUCGGAAAUUCUAAUACCAGCCCUGUACUCUAAUGCGCGAGAACCAUCGGAGACGGUGAGAAGGGAGGCUGUGAAGGUAUUUGGGUCCUUGGUGUCCCGAAUGCCAUCUUGGCCUCCGGUUGCCGAUCUUGUGGCAAUCAAUCCUCAGCCAAGCGAAGACGACCCCGACCCCAGCUUCUUCAACAAUAUCCUAAGCCCUGCCACAGCAAGACAAAUGCGAGCGCUUCAAUUAUUAUCAAAGGUCAAUUACCAUACGCCUUUGGGUAGCAAAAACCUAACUCACUUCUUUAUACCACUUCUCGAACAAUUCAUUUUCAACCGAGAGGAAGGAAAUGAUGAUCAUGGCGUAGGCGCUCAAGCCGCAUCGACAAUUGCCGAUAUAGCCUCCUCUUUGGAAUGGCCUCAAUACCGUGCUAUACUUCGCAGGUAUAUCAGCUACAUCGAGUCGAAACCGGAACUUCAAAAGCAGCUGAUUAGACUUCUCGGAAAGUUUGUUGAUACCCUCGCGGCGGUAGCCUCAAAGAAUAAUUCGGAUGCGAUGGAUAUAGACUCGGCAGCUACUGUGGGACCGUCAGAGAAAUGUAGGCUGGCGACGACGAUGCCAGCUCACGAGAAGUUGAAUGAAGACGUUCUGACCAAUAUCUUGCCAUCACUCGUAGAGUAUCUCCAUGAGAAAGAUGAAACCACGGUCAGCUCUCGUGUUCCUGUCGGUAUCAUUGUCGUCAAGAUUCUCCAGGUACUCCCAAAAGAAACACUGGACCAGAAACUUCCUGGUGUCCUUACAGAUAUCUGUCAUAUCUUGCGAAGUAAGGCGUGGGAAUCCCGAGAAAUGGCACGUAGUACCCUCUCAACUAUGACAUCUCUUCUUGGAUCAUCUUAUUUCGGAUUCGUCCUCAAUGAAUUGAGAGGUGCUCUCACAAAGGGAUACCAACUUCACAUAUUGUCUUACACGAUGCAUACCAUUUUGGUCAACGUCACGCCUCAAUUUCAACCCGGAGAUCUUGACUAUUGUCUUGAUAAAAUUGUGAGCGUCAUCAUGGACGAUAUCUUUGGAGUCGUAGGUCAAGAAAAGGAUGCAGAGGAGUAUACCAGUCAGACCAAAGAGGUAAAGAGCAGGAAGAGUCAGGACUCAAUGGAACUCGUCGCUCGAACUGCUUCUGUCAGCCAUCUUGUUGAUCUUGUGCGACCUCUGAAGGCACUACUGCUCGAGAAACUUGAUAUCCGUAUGGUGCGAAAAAUAGACGAUCUGCUGUCUAGGAUAGCCUCUGGCCUUUUCAGCAAUUCCGCGGCCGGCACCCGGGAUACCUUGGUGUUUUGUUACGAGGUAAUCCAAGAAGUAUACGAGAGCCAGAAGCCCCGAUCAGAGUCGAGAUUAGACCCAAAGCUUCGUCGGUACCUAAUUCAGAAGGGCGCUAAUAAAAGCGGCGAUCGCAGCACAACUAGCAAGUACACUUUCAAGCUUGUACGAUUUGCCGUCGACGUUCUUCGAUCUGUACUGAAGAAACAUGACAAUAUUCGAAAUGCUACUAAUAUUAUUGGGUUCAUUCCGAUACUUGGUGACGCUCUGGUCGGAGGCGAAGAGGAAGUCAAGAUUGCGACCUUCAAACUUCUAACUGUUCUUGUCAAGGUUCCCUUUAAAACUGAUGAUGCUACGAAGCUUUAUAAAGUGGCAUCUAAAGAAGCAUCAAAAUGCAUCUCGAUGUCUACGUCAACUGAAACAGAUCUCGCACAGAGUGCUCUCAAGCUUAUGUCUGUCAUCAUCAGAGACCGCCGCGACGUCGUGGUAAAAGAUGCAGCAGUUGAUAUGUUACUCAACAAGGUCAAAGAUGACCUAACGGAGCCACUCUAUCGUCACGUCACCUUCAGCUUCCUACGAUCGAUCCUUGACCGCAAAACUGAGACUGCUACAGUCUACGACAUUCUAGACUAUGUAGGAACUGUCAUGAUCACCAAUGACGAUAAAGAUACGCGAGACCUGGCUCGAGGUGCUUUCUUCCAAUUCCUUCGCGACUAUCCGCAAAAGAAGAGUAGAUGGGCUAAACAACUGAGCUUCAUCGUGGCGAACUUGAAAUACGAAAGGGAGGGCGGUCGGCUUUCGGUUAUGGAGGUUGUGCAUCUUCUACUCAUGAAAUCAGCCGAUGACUUUGUUCAAGAAGUCGCUGCAACUUGUUUCAUCCCUCUGGUCUUCGUUUUGGUCAACGAUGAUAGUGAGAAGUGUCGAUUGGCAGCUGGCGAAUUAAUCAAGGAAAUCUUUCGCAAAGCUGACAAAGAGCAAACUUCAAAAUUCUUGACGCUCAUGCGUUCUUGGAUAGAGCAGGAUGACAACUCUUCAGUGCUGCAAUUGGCAUUCCAAGCAUUCUCACUCUACUUCGAAGCUAGGGAACCUGCAUCGAGAGACCGCAAAGAUGCGAAUCUUUUACUUGAGGCGGCCGCUAAUGUCUUAAACAAUUACUCCACUUUUUCGAAGGAUUCGGAAUUGAUUGAUACGGUUAUGCGCAUGACGCCAAUCCUUAUAGAGAAGCACCCAUCAACGGCAUUGUCACACGACAGAGUGUGGCAAUCCAUAUCAAUUCCUCUUUCGCACCCAGAUCCUGCCGUCAAGCUUUCAAGCAUACGCUUGUUGCGGAUUUAUCUAACUGACUUCUACGAGAAUAAUCAAGAUGCCAGUAAUGCACAGACUCUUACGGGGUCACACGGCAUCCAAUUGCAACCACAAAUGGUUGGGCAUUUGACCCUUUAUGCAGUUGGUGUUCUCAGCCCUGCAACUGUAAGGAGAUGGAAGAGAAGAAUGCAAAAGAAAAACAGUGCUGCCUCCUUUAGUACGGACGAUGAUGGUGCAUUUCCCAUUGAUAAUACAACGGAACUUGAUGAGACCCUCGCAGCCGAAGUUGGCAGAGUUAUUCUGAUGCUAAGCAAAUUUAUGGAUAUUGGUUCACCAGAUACUGAAUCCAAUGGUAGCGACGCAGAAGAGUCUGGUGAUGAUGAAGAGGAAUGGGGUGGCCUUGAUACGGAAGCAGAAACUACCCAUAAGACCACCCUCCACACUUUAUUUGUCUGGCUCUCCGAAAUCCUCGUUGAGGAAACGCGACCCAACGCCCGUGCGCUCGUACCGAAAGUGGCGGCACUGGAUAUCUUAUCUAUCCUUAUCUCUACUCUACCCGAAGCGUCUCUAAAACCUUCGCUCAAUAUUCUCCUCACGCCACUUCACCAUCGUCUGGACCCUCUAGUCCCAACUCCGUACUCAAUAGACGAGGUGUUCAAUACGCGAUACGAGGGGCUCAAGACAAAGGCCGGCGAAGCCAUGGACAUCCUCCAAAAGAAGUUCGGUACCACGGUGUACACGCAAGAACUCCUCGCGGUGCGGGAGCGCGCCAGAAACCGCCGUGAGAGCAGGUCGAGGAAGAGGAAGAUCGAGGCCGUCACGCAGCCGGAGAGGUGGGGCAAGUGGAAGCAAGGGAAGCUGGAGAAGAAGGUUAAGCGUAGGAAGGAGAAGGGACAGCAGAAUCGGAAUAGGAGGAGGGAGUACUAGGGCGAGUUAUGAGACGCAUAAGUGCCUACCUAGGUGGGUUGGCGUAAUGGAAAAUAGAAUGGAAAUAUAAGAUGAUUUAAUGAUACCUAUCUCGUUGAUUUUAAGAUAUAAA